AUGACCACCGCUUCUGAACCUGUGGCUAAUCUUCUAUCUAUUCCACCAGAAAUCAUACAUCACAUCCUCGUCUUUUGUCAACCUACGGACGUUGCGACCUUUGCCAAAGUCUGUCGUAUUAGCUUCGAUCUCGUAUACUCUGGGAAUGACCAAUUUCUCUGGCGAGAAUUGUUUCUUAACAAUUACGAUGAUCCUCGUAAAUCCAUCCAGACGCUUGUAGUUGAUGAAGUAUCAGCAGAACCAUUUAAAUGGAAAGAUGUACUGCAACGUAGAACGGAGGCAGAACUCAUAGCACGACGAGCACAGAAUGUAGAAUCUCAUGAACGACGGCGAGCACUGGAGACUUUCGUUACUGCAGCAUUGCAGGCUCUUCCCGCUAUCAAAAAUUCAGAAGAGAAAGAACAGCCUUCUUCCAAUCUACAAUGGCUUGAUCGUGUGCUGCGGGAAACGCACAUGCUCAGUCAACCCAUCCUGCAGACAGACUCGGAUUCGGAGACGAUCCAACUACGCUCGCGCCUGAGGGCCUACGUCUCGCUCACUCACGACCCGUCCGACGAGGAGGAGUCUACGAAAGUUGUCGCCGCUCGUCGUAUCGAAAGUCGAUGUUUCGUCUACGAUAUACGAAACUACAAACCCAUUACUCACUGGGGCCCUUUUCUGGCCAAUGGUUUCGUCAACUGGCAACAUAUCGAACAUCUGGGCAAUGUAGUUCUAACCAACCUCCGAGAACUUCCCGGCUCGUGGGCCACAACCGUACCAUCCUUGGGCCUUGAGAACACGCAAGCGUUCUCGGCCCCUGGACCGUGCUCGGAUAUCGAUUGGGCAGGAGUUGAAGGUGCGUCGUCUAUAGUCUCUUAUCUCGGAACCCCGCAACCGAUUGCUAUAUUUAGGAACCUGGCGGAGAUAUGUCUGUUUCAUGGACUAUCGGUAACGUCUUGUACAUUGUAUCGACUGAAGAUUCUGGACCUGACUGUUUGGAUGGAAUCCAGUGAUCUGUUCGCUUUCAAUUAUUCCAACGUCGCACAUGGACCUCGCAAUGCUGAAUUCUUCCGCGACUCUCGCUUUCGAGAAGCCACCCGUCUCAUCGAAAUCAAACUGUACCUCGUCUCCCGAAGCCAACUGCGCUUCUAUACUCCCUCUCCUGACUUAGAAGACCUCAAAACCCGCUACCCGACGCUCUUCUUCUGUGGCGUCUCUCGCGGCGUGAGUGGAAACGAAGCCAAAGUUGAGGGCAAUGUCUGUAUCGGCAUCGACGGGACGAUCAGAUGGACUUUUUAUGAUUUGAUACAGGGCGCUGUACAUGAUUUGAGCACACUCUGGUGCUCGAAAGGAGUACAACUUGGUGGUAUCGCCAGCGCAGCGGGUAUUGUCGGUAGUUGGGGCACUUCGGUGCAUGACCAAGGUGACCCAGUUGGCCCUUUUUGGUUGUGGAAAGUACCACCUGCCCAUUCGGGCGCUCUCAUGGAUUUUACAUAA